AGGAAGAGUCCACAGGCCUUGGAGGAUUGUGGAAAACUCUCGCAACAAUCUGCAUAGCUGGAGGGAGGUGGGCGGGGCCCGGGCGGGGAGGCCAGAGUGCGUGCCGCCAGCGCCAGGUGACUUGUGUUAGUAAAGCCCGCCACGGCGUUGGGCAGGGCGUGUGAGUCCCGCCGCUGUUUUGAACCUGAGCCUUGCCCGCACACACUGAGGCACGCAUACAGCACGCAGGCAGACAGGCACGGCCCACUAGUGUCUUGAGCCUUUCCCUGGCACGGGGACGCGGGAGUAAGCGACAUGGCGAGGUGGUGAGCGCCGGCCAGAGGCGGACGAGCGGGUAUGUCCGGCGAGAGCUACACGCGGUGGCGAUGCGCGGCCAGCGACGAGGAGGAAGACGAGGGCGGCGGGGCGGCGCGGGCUGACCUGGCUGGGCGCGGCGCCGUGACCAUCGUGACCAAGCCGCGGUCCCCACAGCUCCUCGCCCUGGCCCCCGCGGCCCAGGCCAGGGUGGCGCUGGCCAUGGUGUUGGUGUGCGCGGUGUGUGCUGCCGCGGGCGUGUGGGCGGGGUGGGCGUGGGGCGCGGCAUCAUCGCAGCGCCCCAUCAACCUGAUCGUGCCGGCGCCCAGGGGUAACUACAACCACUCCCGACGCCUGCUGAGACAUCUGAAGCCGGACGUGAUCAAGGCGUACAUGAGGAAGGUGUCGGAGGAGGCGGCGCCGCUCCUCGGGACCCUGGUGGAGGGCGUGUGGCGGGAGCAGGGCUACGAGACCACCACCUCCACCUUCACCGCCGACAUCUCCAAGCCCGACCCCAGCCAGCGCCCCAACACCGUGGAGGUCGUCUACGUGAACGGCAGCAGACAGCUCCUGAACCCCUCCCCGCCAGGCAUCACGACGCUGCCCUUCAGUGCCUACAGCCCGGCAGGAGAGGCUUCGGGGUGUGUCGUGUACGGGUUCUUCGGGCGGCGGGAAGACCUCAGCAUCCUACAGUCACGCAAGGUCACGCUGGGAGGAUGCAUCUUGCUCCUGAGACACGGCGAGAUAACCACAGGCGCCAAGGUCCGUAACGCCGCCCAGGCUGGAGCGUCGGCUGUGCUGGUGUACCCCGACCCAGCUGACGGGCUGGACGCGGAGGCCUACCCCGAGGGGCCGGGCCUGCCUGGGGACGGGGUAUUGUGGGAGAGCCUCGCCACCACCCCGGGGGACCCCACCACGCCCUUCACCCCCAGCCUGCCACACGUCUACAGGCGGGACCGGGCGCACCAGCCGCUGCCUCGCAUACCCGCUCAAGCCAUCAGCGCAGAGGUGGCGCAAACGAUCUUCAAGCUCUUGGCGGGCCCCGAGGUGCCUGCCGGCUGGGCGGGGGGAGUGGCGGCGCCCUACACGCUGGGCGGCUCAUGGGGCACCGACGCUGGCAUCAGGGCCGUUACCAUGACCGUCAACAACGUGGUGGAGCGGCAGGAGAUCAAGAACAUCCACGCGACCAUGCCGGCCUCGGACGAAUCCAGGGUGGUGAUGGUGGGCUGCCACUACGGGUCGCUCCAAGGCCGCGGCCACACCGCGGCGGGUCUGGGCGCCCUGCUGGCCCUCAGCGACGCCUUGGCCAAGAGCCACCUGCCGCGGGGGACGCAGAGGAAGGUGAUCUUCAGUGCCUGGGCCAAAGGGGAGGACGGCAGCCUCGGCUCAACGGAAUUCACGCAGCUGCACGCGUGGUGGGUGGAGUCCUCGGUGCUGGCCUACCUCGACCUGGACUCCCUGGUGCGGGGGACGGGCGCCUUGCGGGUGGGCGCAUCCCCGGCGCUGCGCGAGACCAUCCGGGAGGCGGCCAGGCAGGUACCGUGGCCCGGGGCAGAAGGGCGCCGCGGAAUGACGGUGCGUGACGGAUGGCGGAGGGCGGACCCGGAACACAGGGACGACGUGCACUUCCAUAACCUUGGCUCCGGCAGCGACACCGUCAGCUUCACGGCGCAGCACGGGGUGCCCUCUGCUCGCUUCGCCGUCGUGGGCUCUGAGACGGAGAGCAACACGUACCCGCUCCAACACUCCCAGUACGAUGGCCUGGACGCCCACACCCGCCUGCUGGACCCCACCCUGGCCUGGACCCACAUGAUUACCUCCCUGGUGGGCGCCACGACGCUGGUGCUGAGCGAGAGCGAGGUGCCGCCACUGCUGCUGAGCGAGCUGGGCGGCGACCUCUACAACGGCUGGGAGGAGUUCGUCGGCCGCCACGAGGAAACGCUGGCACACUCCGGGUACAACUUCACCGCGAUCCUGGACGCCAUCGAGCAGGAGAUCCUGACGUUGGUGGACACGCUCACCGUCCUGGACACGUGGUACAAAGCGAGGCCCUUCUACGUGAGGCCCUACCCGCAGCACUACCCCGGCGAGGACCACAGGAGACAGGUGGAGCAGCGGCUGUGGUGGCUGGCCAACCUGGAGCGUGGACUGCUGGGGCCCCGCGGAGUCGGCCGGACCUUCACAACGCACCUCACGCUGGGACCCGACCCUGAGAACCCCGAUCAUCCGCUGCACUUCCCGCACGCCGCCGCCGCCAUCACAAGCGCCCUGCUCCACAACACAUCCUGGGGCGCCGUGCACCAAGAGCUCUCCUACGUCCUCGCCGCCCUCGCCUCCUACAGACAGCUCUUCCCCAGCGACCUCUCCGGGGAGGCGGCAGGGUACAAUAUAUAGUGCUCACCAAAACACAAAAAAACGUAUUAUUUGAUAUCCCAUAUGACUAUUGACUAUCAUUCUCCUCUUCCUCUUUCUCUUCCUCCUCCUCCUCGGCUCCUACAGACAGCUCCCCAGUGACCUGUCCCGGGAGGCGGCAGGUUACGAUGU